AUGAAUGUGUACCAAUAUAGAGCUCGAACAACAUCCAAUAAUCGAAAUUCGGGUGAGUUCGAAGUUUCGCAGAAGUUGUUCGAUUUUGCAAGUGAACCUAUAGGUAAGAACGGAUCCGAUUGGUCCCCUCUGUCGAUUAUUCUUCCACCCGGGGAAAAGUUUGUAAUCUUGAUCAUCGCCAAUAUUUCGGCUGUUCCACUGGUCUUCGACGAUUUCUCAGUUAAUUUUUGCUCGGGUUCUCAGCCUGAUCCACCGCCACGCACACUGUAUACGUGUGAUUUUGAACAACCGUGCACGGACGGGAUUUGGUCAUUGCCGAAUUAUCCAUAUAUGUGGCGACGGGAUCAGGCUGGUGUGGCUAAUUCCAUCGAUGCUCAAGCUCCAGCAGAUGACUAUACUUAUGACGAUUCAGUUGGACAUUAUUUUUGGUUAAACAAUACCCAAAUACUGCAAAAGGGUGCCGUUGGUUAUUUUCACACACAACAAUUUACAUUCACCUUGGAACAAACGUUUUGUCUUAACUUUGAAUACUUUAUGUUCGGCCAUGCGUCGAACAAUAGUCAGUUGCGCGUUUGGGCGUGGACAGAAAAUGAUGGCUUAGUGAGAGGUUUGUGGCCGAGUAAUAAUUCAGGAUCUUACGAGUAUGCAGCGAAUAAAUGGACCUGGGCCACGAUAAAUUUACCUGUUGGAACAUACACUCUCCACUUCCGCAUGGAGAGCAGUGAUUAUCUUGCCUCGACAUUUGCCGUGGACCAACUCUCAAUUGUUUCAUGCUUGUAUCCAGCGACAUCCUUCGAUUCCCACACAUCGUUACUCACAUUCUCGUGUUCAUUCGAUGAAGGCACAGCGUGCGGCAUGCAAAAUGGAGACAAUGAUUCUUCGCGACCGCCAUCGAACAAUUUCACUGUUCAGUCGCCGAACACUAUCCCAGAUCGAGAUCUGUUGGGUCCUUCAUUUGAUCACACAACCAAUUCGCCCAAUGGCUCUUUUCUUUACUGGGCCACAUCCUCGCCCUAUAUGCCAUCGAGCCACGGGCGUAUUCGAACUCUCAUUGUGCAACAGAACACAGAUAUGUACGUUCGAUUUGCAUAUUAUGUGAAAUCCACAGCACAGUCUCAGUUAAAUUCGACCUCGCUACUGGUGAAGACGGGCGGCUGCUAUGAAGCACAAUUGUGGUUAACGGUCACAGACGACAGUCACGGAUGGAAAAUAGUGACAAUACCUGUCUUGACAUUUGCUUGUGGCGAGACAUUCUUUAUUGAUGUCAGUCAUCAGACACCGACAGCAGUGGCUGUGGCGUUGGACGAUGUUCAAGUCGUACGUCGACCUCGAUCACUUCUACAACCAAUGCGUCGACCUCGAUCACUUCUACAACCAGUACGUCGACCACGACGACUACGAUUAGCAGCAGUCGGUCGGAGACGAGUGUUUCGAGCUCGACGGCAGUCACGACAACAACGCAGCUUCCAAUAA